CUCCCCUUGCCGGAGCCACUCCUCUCCCCCGGCCUCCCUGGCGGGCCCGGGGGCGUGGGGCGAGGCGGAGAGCCGGCCAAGGGGGAGGUGGCCCCUCCGGCAAACCCAGAAGGAGGCGAGGCUGCUGUCAGUGGCGCCGGGGGGAGCGGGGACGGGGAGGAGCCGCGCCGAGGGGAAGGAGGGGGCGACCCUGGGCUGGCAAGCAGUCGCCGCCCCUCCGCCCCUCCGCCCGCCCUGCCUGCCGUGGAAGCCGCGGCGCCGUCUGCUCCGGCUCUUCUCCUCUCCGGCGGGGCUCGGAGGGGACGAUGCAUCGGGCGGUGCUCUCCCUGGCGGCUCUGCUGGGCAGCCUCCUCCUCUGCCUCUGCCUCGCCUGGCUCUCCGCCGACGGGUCCAGCGGGGCCAGGGGCUGGGAGAAGGAGCUCCGGGCCACGACGGCGGAGAGCAGCCCCCGGGUCAUGAUGAUGAUGAUGAGGUCCCUCCGGUCGCCCACCGCGCCCCUCCCGCGCCCUCCCACCGGGUCGCUCGCCCCCAACAGAACACCUUCUAAUCAAACGGGGACUCAGAAGUCUGAGCAAGUCUCAAAAUGCAAAGAAACGUGGAACAACAAUUGGUCAUCAUCUAUCAAGAAGAAAAGGUAUUCUGAAGACUAUUAUUUGCAGAUAGUUGGGAAAUUACAGAACUGCACGUGGAAGAAGAGACCACAAGAAUAUGCCAAAUUCAGGUCAGAACUUACUUCCUGCUGUGAUGCCAUUCACAACUUUAUCUCUUCUCAAAAUAAUACCCCACUGGGAAGCAAUAUGAGUUAUGAAGUGGACAAUAAGAAAACCAUUCAUAUCACUGAGGAAAUAUUCAAAAUGCUACCUGAGUCACAGCCUCUGGAUUAUCCUUUCAAACAAUGUGCAGUGGUCGGUAAUGGCGGGAUUCUGAAGAACUCCAACUGUGGAGCUGAGAUUGACAAAUCAGACUUUGUAUUUAGGUGUAAUCUUCCCCCGACUGAGGGAAGUGUCAGUCAAGAUGUGGGCAAUAAGACAAACCUUGUGACUGUCAACCCGAGCAUCAUAGCUCAGAAGUAUAAUAAACUGAAUGAAAAGAAAGCCACUUUCCUGGAAAACAUUGCAAGCUAUGGAGACGCGUUCCUUUUGUUACCAGCUUUCUCCUUCAGGAGCAACACUGCCACUUCGUUCAAAGUACACCACACUCUGAGAGAGUUCAGUGCAAAGCAGAAGGCCAUCUUUUUCUACCCCAGAUACCUCAAAAAUCUAGCUCAGUUCUGGAGGACUAAGGGCGUCAAAGCUUACCGGCUGUCAUCGGGUUUUAUGAUCACCAGUGCCGCUGUGGAACUGUGUGAGAAUGUGAAGCUGUAUGGCUUCUGGCCUUUCUCAAAAAGCAUAGCAGGCAAUCCUAUAAGCCACCACUACUAUGACAACCAGCUACCUAAGCCUGGAUUCCAUGCGAUGCCCAAAGAGUAUAACCAAAUUCUCCAGCUCCAUGGAAGAGGGAUCCUCAAGCUACAGCUUGGCAAAUGUCACACUGAGUAGGCCAAGAUAUAGAAAAUAUGUGUACACCCUUGUGGCUUGAUGUUGGAUUUGAUCAAAUGUCAACUUGUGAGCAUUAAUUUGUGCCGUUAUGAUCAGAAAUAUUUUGCACUUAAAGAUGGUGGUCUUAUUUCUUUUUCUGGUAGUUAUAGUGAUGUCUGUGAUUUUAGAUUCUUGAAAUCUGACUUUUUUUAACCUAGACAAAAAUUUUCAUACCCCAGAAUUCCCUCUAUAAGAUAACAAAGCACAAUCUCAGGAUAGUUGCUGUCAAUAAUGGAAAGGUCUUGCUUUUUCGGUGUUAUAUUUGUAAAUAUAUUUACUGUUUCAUUUAUGCCAUCUAAGAUGGUAGAAGGUUGAAUGUCUUUGUAUGCUGCUGUUUGACUGCAACCUUUUGGCUGGUCUGCAAAGAAUUAUGCUCGGUUAGACAUUCAAUCAUGUGAUUCCUCCACUUCUAUUCUGAAGCAGUACAAUCCACACAGUUAUAACAGAAGCCAUAGAAGAUUGGUGAACUGCUACAUAAAAGUGAACGAGAUACUAAUGUUCAGAAACAAUCUGUGACCAGAGGGAAAUUCACCCUAAAAUGGGGAGAGGUGCCAUUUCAGGGUGAAUGGCUCCUCCCUGAUCAUGGAUUGUCCCUGAACUUCAGUACUUCAUUCACUAUUUUAUGCAACAGCUCAACAAUCUUUUAUAACAGUUACUUAGUUAUACAGUAUGUAUGUAUGUAAUUAAGUAAUAUCUCCUGGUCUUGACCUCCUGAGCUCACCUUAACAGCCAGCGGUCACAAUGAGCAGAGUACAAAAAAGAUGGAUUUUCCAUGGAUGUAUUCACCAAAAAGAAAAGCUACAAUAAAAUAUUAUGAUUUGGAAUACAACUUCUGAUUCCUACAUCCUUGCUUGCUGUUGGAAGGAGCUGGAAACAUCACCCUAUUUGUUUGUUUAUUUUUCUUAUGUCCUGCUUUUCUCCCGAAUGGGACUCAAAGCGGUACAUAAUAUAAAUGAAAAUAAAACUAAAACAAUAUGGAAUACAGAAAUGUAAAAAAACACCUCUGCUGUUUCCUCCGAGCCUGAGAAGUUGGUUGGAUGGAGAGAACAUCAUCUCCUGAAAAUUGUGGAUUUUGUAUGAGGAGCAAUAGGAUUUCAAAUAGUUUGGAUCCAAGCUUUAUAGAUAAAAAUCUUGCUACCCAGUGCAGUUGCUGGCAGUGAGCUGGGGAUGGGCAUUUUGCCACAAUCAUAGCUUCAUAGUAUGUAGUGUACUGUAUACAAGUAUGUAUGAAUCUUGAUGGUUUUUGUAGUGAAUCAUGUUUAAUUACAUUCCAAGGGGCAGACUUUUCCAACAUCAGUUUUGUGACAUCAUCAGAAUACUCAGAAGUAGUUUUGCUAGUUCCUUCCUCUGAAAUACAAUGUCCUACACAGUCCAAGUCCUACCCAGGGAUGAUCCUACUUAGCUUCCAAGAUCAAACAAGAUCUGGUGCCUUUCUGGUAUUUAGGCCUAAGGAGAUACAUCUAAAGCUAUUUUAUAUAUGUUUUCCAGAAAAUAAUUCAUAUUAGGCUCUUAAAUUUAAAUUCCUAAUCUUCUUUUCAUCAAACUACCUAUUAGAAUUAAAUUAUUAACAGGUCUUGAUUAAAUUUCUUUCUAUUAACAGGAGCCAAGGGAGAUUAACUUACAUAAUGCAAUCAAAUAAAAACAGUGGUAUACCCCCUGGGCACCAUUUCCAGAAAAUUUAUGGAAUUCUAUUAAUCUAACAAGGAAAAUAUCUGCAGAAGCUGGGUAAUAAAUUUCUGGACUAAGUGGCUCAAUGGGAAAAAAGAAAGAGGUAGGGCUCUGUAGUAAUAUUCAGUUGUAGAUGAUAUUCAUUGACGUUCACAAACUGGACUCUCCUUUGUCUACCAUGCAAAAAACCAUCUAUCACCCAUGAUUGGGAGGAGGAUGACUUCUGUUAAGCUUGGAGUUUGAAAUAGUUGCUUUUUGGACUUCAACAGCCAGGUUUCUUCAGUUAGCAUGAGCCAUGAACUUCAAAAGCAUUUGUAAAGAGACUUUUGAGCUUAGGGGAACAAUAUUUUCAGAAUACUUUGGCUAUUAUUGCCAUUGGUAGUGCUCACUAUGAAUUUCUAAGUGUCAUGGUCCAAAAAAUUCACUCAAUUUGUUAUCUUAUGAUUAUAUUCAGGCACAAUUAAUGCUACCGCACAGCAGUUUUGAAGUGGAACAUAGACCAAUAGAUAUGUAGUUUGCAUCAAUGGCGUGGCAAUGAGUUUUGGAGGAAGUCAUGAUAAACCUCAUAGAUGUUCUCCAAAGAAAGUUUAAAAAUGCAAACAACAUAAUGAUAAAUUGUGGCUGGGAAAAUAUUUCCCUUUCCUCACAAUUGAGAGACAAAAGACAAACUUGUAUAGGAAGACACAGGAAGUACUGGGCUUGAAAACAAAACAAAAUAGGGCUUCCCUUGGAAGCCCUAGAGCUGCUACACCACAGUUUGCAUAUUCUGUUUUUUUUCCUCUUGCUUGUUGCAGUUUUUGGAAUUCAUGUCAUCAGCUGCAAAACUAAUUAUUAUUAUACAGGGAUCCAUCAUAGCAGAUAGCUUGAUGGAUCUAGGUAGAAUCCUGUGUGUGCCAUGUUGAUAUAGCUCUAGUUAAUUUUAGGUAAAUUAUGGAAGGGAGGUAUCCAGUACCUCUUUGCGCAACUCCCCUUGCCCUGGGCUUACAACAGCAGAUGGGAUCCUUCAGGAAGCAUCUCCAUCUUGUGGGAACCAAACAAUGUUCUGGCUACUGUCCUAUUACACAUCCAGGAGCUGAGAGGGAAGAAGGACCCCCAGCCCCAGGGGAAUAACAUACAUACAAUGGUAGAGAUUUAAUGGCAUAAUACAAUGGUAGAGAUUUAGUGCUCUGGCUGUCUGUUGGAUCUUGACCAGCCUUGUCAAGUCAGGACUAUUCCCCAUGCCAAGAUUUCAGGCCUACAAUUGACUCCUUAUAAUUCACAGGGGACUAGCAUUAGUUGUGUUAUAAGGAUGAUAUUACAAAAGACAGCCUCUCUGAUGCCACUAAAUAUUGCACAUCCAUUGCAACUGCACGAAGUUGGCUAUUCAAAUGAAAAACAUCAGUUGAGAUUCUACAUCAGCGGUAUAGUUAUACUUGAUGUUCUGACCCAACCCUGAAACUCACCUUAAUAAGUCAGUCUGCCAUCCUAAGCAAUAGAGUUUUAUGAUGUGACAAGCCUCCCCCACUAGUGAGUGACAGUGCAAACAGGAACCCCUGCCAAGUCCAGUCAUAGCUCUUUGUCACUGUUUCUGGUGGGAGAGAGCUGGUCACAUCAGUUGACAUUCUCUUGCUCAGCAUAAUCACUGUAUUUGGUAUGAUGGACUCACUUUUAGGGUAAAUAGGUUUGUAUGGCAAUGGUACCAUGCUUGUAAAUGUGAAGUAGUUAUGCAGUUGUAAGUAUGUUGUUACUAACUUAAUAAGCCAUCAGAUACCAAGUCUAUUAAAGGAGAUAGAUAGAUGAUAGAUAGAUAGAUGAUAGACUGUACAAGGCAAUACAGCUGCUUUGAGAUUCUUUCACCUCACUGAAAUGACUGGAGAAGAGGAUUCAAGCUCUGAGGUCUAGAAAUCAUAAUUUCAGUCUUGGAAUCCAUUUAUUUCUAAGUACUCUUAAUUUUUAAAGACUUUUGAUACUUAAUGACUUCAGCCUGUGUCUGAUUUUAAAACUGUUUUGUUUUAAUUUGUCAAAUUAUUUGAUAUGCCUUUAGUCUGUUGAUCUUCUACUGUUUACAUUUCAAAUCGUUUUAAAAUGUUCUUUAUUACUUUUACUUGUACACCAUCCUGAGAUCUCAUAACAGAGGACCGAACAUAAAUAUUUUAAUAAAAUAAAUGUUUAAAGACCUAUGUGCAGAUGUGGAUGUGGGGAAAUGAGCUGCAGAGAGCUUUUUAGCAAUGGAAAUCUGCCUGGCCUUGGGCAAGUCAACUUCUCUCCUCUUAACCUACUGCCUGCUUCUUGGAGUUUGGGGGAAAAUACUUUUGUACCUUGGCCUCUUUCCUCUUGAAGUAAGUAUCAUCUGAUAGUCCUGCCAUCAGUCCUGUAGAAUAUAUACUUAUUCAUAGCAUGUUCCAUUCCCCUGGGAUUUGCAAUGGAAGGAGUACCAAAGAUCACCAUGUUAUGAUACAGUACUUUAAAAUGAAAGUUCAUGAAGAUUAGGACUAUCAGUGACAAGCUAGAGGUGGAAAUAAUGGCUGUUAUUCCAGAGCAUUUACUUAGCUACAUUAUCAGAAUUCCCUGGGUAGGUAGUGUCUACCAUCUUGAUCUCCCAAUCUGGAUCUGUGGUCCAAUUGAGUGGGAUGCAGUUUCAUCCCAUCCACCCCCUAAGUGAUUUACAGAUAACAUUCAUAAGUAGGAUCCUUGUCAUAAUUGUCCUUUGCAUUAAAGAUCCCUCUUGGGAAAGGGGUGAAAAUGUCAACCCUUAAACCUUUUAAGCAGAGAGCCAAUUCACAGCCCCUCAGACAGUUGUGGGGGGCGGACUAUCAUUUUUUUAAUUAAAAAAACCCCCAUGAACGAAUCUCUAUGCACACUGCACACAUCUUAUUUGUAUUAAAAAAAAAACCACGAAAGAACAAUACAAUAUUUAAAACGAAGAACAGUUUUCACCAACAUAAACUCGCCAGUAUUUCAAUGGGAAGUAUGGGCCUCCUUUUGGCUGAUGAGAUAUUAAAGUUAAUUAGGAUUGUUGUUGUGUGUCUUUAAGUCAUUUUGGACUUGGGGUGACCCUAAGUCCAAAUUUUAGAGCAGGACCAGGUAAAGUACCUUGGAGGGCCACAUCCGGCCUGCGGACUUUAGUUUGGUGACCUUUUAUCUAUUGCUUGUCAAUCGACAGAAGGACAAAUAUCUGUUGGUUGCAGCACCCGCUACCUGUAACUGGAUUAGAGGAGGUUCACAAUCCCUUACUCUAUUUUUUUUGUGUCAGGAGCAACCGGAGUUGCUUCUGGAGUGAGAGAAUUGGCCGUCCGCAAGGACGUUGCCCAGGGGAUGCCCGGAUGUUUUGAUGUUUUACCAUCCUUGUGGGAGGCUUCUCUCAUGUCCCCGCAUGGAGCUGGAGCUGAUAGAGGAAGCUCAUCCGCGCUCUCCCCGGGUGGGAUUCGAACCUGGCAGCCUUCAGGUCAGCAACCCAACCUUCAAGUCACAAGGCUUUUAUCCCCUAGGCCACUGGAGGCUCCUUCCUUACUCUAUUGAUUACAUAGGAACACAAACCAGUUGCAAUUGUGUAAGUCUAGCAAUACGCAUCUGUAACUGUGAUCAUAAAUUCUAGCCAAUAUUUGUUGCUAUUUCUUCCUAUGCAUCAAAAUUAUGUUUCUGAGAUUUGGGAAGAAUAAUAGACCUGUGACAAUCUUGCACAAUUUACUUCUAGUAUUAAAAAAAACAAAAAACUAAAGUGUUGUGAAAAAUAUUAUGAAUCUUUGCACAUAACCUGUUUUCGGCAUAAAACUCUUUUUAAAAGGAAACCUUUCUUGUGCAAAACCCAGAUUUUUUUACAUUAAAAAAAUCCCCAACAUGUUUUCCAUGCAUCACUUUGGGAUAUUUGAAAUUGGGGAGAAUCCUAAGAAUCCUUUUUUCCUGCGGUUGGGAAGAAUGAUUCAUCCCUGUACACAAUAUAAUAGGCAAGGAUAUGCAUCCCUAUGACUGCCUGCUGCUUGUAAUCCAUAUCAUCCAUUCCUUGCCUCUUUGAUCAAAGGCAGUAUGUUUCUGGAUCUGUGGCAGCCAGUGGGUGCUGCUGAAUAUGUUCUGGAUUUAGUCUGAACUGUACAGGUUCAGAGCCCUAAAAGAGAUUUGGUACAUAGGAUGCUCCUUUAAAGUUCAGUGGAUUCACCAUCCCACUGACAUGGCCUCAAAUGUUAGCUUCAUAUUCUCAUCACUGGGCAUUAUGAGUGUUGAGGGUACUAUUACCUAUGUAUCCUGCUAUGAAGCUCUAUAAUGAAACAUUGAGCAAGAGAGACUUUUGGGCAAAAUCACCAUGGCUCUUCUUAUAUUCUUAACCCUAACAUUGGAAUAUGUAUUAAUCAACACAAACACCACACUCUUGUGCAGAAGGAAAACACACAAAGACACACACAUCCCCAGAGGGGUCUUUGCGAGGAGUCCAUGCCCAUAAUGUUCCUCAAGGUACAUCUCACAUGGAACAGCAACCGGCAAUUUGCAAUCAUUAUGUAAAAUUGCUUUUGUUUUAAAGAUCAUUUGAGCACAAAGAACUGUUUCAGCCUAUGACACACUUGGAUUCUCUUUUGUUUUGCCAUUUUUUCUUAAAAGAUUAGGGGUUUAUGGAUGAGUGUAUUGGGGAGAUGUUGGAUUUGGGGUAUUUUAUACCUGACAGUUCUAGUCCUCCUCACUUAUUGGCUCCAAAGAGAGCUUGGAAUUCAUGGUUUGGACCACAACUCCCAAAACUCCCCAACCCUGAUGUGGUUUUAAGAUGCAACUCGAGAUCUAAACUUCUACAACCAUCCCUAUAUUGGACAAAGUCAUUAAUUCUUCUGACAGUGUAAUGUUAGGAUGUUCGAUGAUUAUUCCUCUGCCUUUUUGCCUAAAAUCUCUUUUCAGUGUAUUGCCAUCUGGCAUUUGAUGCUGUAAAAUCUAAAUGUGAUAUUAUUGUCUAUUUCAAAUUGCUAAACAUCUGACUAUAUUUGUGUAUGAAUAAGUCUCUUUUAGUGCAAUGUAUCGGGAAGAGUGCUGUGCCAUUCUUCCAUUUUAAAUUUUAUUGUAUUACUAGGUCAACUUUAGUCAUUGCCCAGAUGAUAUCAUGGAUGUUUUGUACUACAGAUGAAUUGCCUCCAGGUCAACAGCUCUUUGCUUCCAUGGUUAUGAUGUAUAAGGUGUUGCAUUAUCUAGAUGUGAAUUGGAUUUUAUUUUUCUGCCAUUUUGCCUGGAUCGUUUUAAAAAAACCUCAUAUGAGUAUCUUCUGCCUGAUCAUUCACAUGCCUUCAUCCAAAUCAUGAUGACUGCAGUCUCAAGCAUACUUCCUCCAGAACGAACCUCAUUGGACACAGUUGAGCUGACUUUUGAGUAAAAAGGCAUACAGUUGUGUUGAAAGUCAUGGAAUAAGUCAUCCACAAUUUCUCUUGCUUCCUACAUUGCAAUGAAGAAAAUAUUCCAGGAUAAUAAACCUGGAUACAGGAAAGUUGGAAGAAUCACUGUGAAAUAAAUAAAUGGAGGUUUCUUGUAAACUCUCCUGAUGAUAAUUUUGGAAACAUCUGCUUAUGUAAAGGUUUGUAUUACUGCAGAACUGGGCAUUGUAAUGUAAUUCUGUUAUUACACGAUUAUGAUUAUUUUGCUAUUUUUGGUGCAUUCUGUUUUAAUUGGUGUUGUGAGCUGCUGUGUGUCCUACUGUGGUAGAAAAGUGAGACAUUAAAUUAAUUCAGUUCCCCAAUGGAUAUUAUCCACCAUAGAGGGUCAUAAUCCGCAAUGCUAGUCAGACACUGCUCCGCUUUUCAUGGAAUCAUAGAGUUGGAAAGAAUACACACACAUAGCACUUUGGAAACAGAUGGACACCCAGCCUCUGUUUAAAAAAUUUCCAGCGGAGACUUGAUCACAUUAAAAGUCAAUGUUUUCCACUGUUGAAUAGCUCUUACUGUUAGGAAGUUCUUCCUAAUGUUUUGGUGGAAUAUAAUGUAUUGCAGUUUGAAUUCAUUGUUCUACAUCCUUGUUUCUGGACCAGCAGAAAACAAGCCUACUCCCUCCUUAAAAUGACAUCCCUUCAUGUAUUUAAAUGCUAGCUAUAAAGACCCCUCUUUUCCAAGCUAAACGUAGAGGUUUUUCACUUUAAAAGCACAAAAUAAUUUCUGUGUCUCCUAGAGGGCAAAAAGAGCGCCCCCCCCCCCAGGAUAGGAGCAGGUUAAAGUCUGAGCUACCCCCAAUAUUUUGCUGCCCACAGUUUCUCAAGUCAAAGAACGUAAUACCUCAAAACGUAAUACCUUUUCCCUGACAUUAAGUCUAGUUGUGUCCGACUCUGGGAUUUGGUGCUCAUCUCCAUUUCUAGGCCGAAGAACUGGUGUUGUCCGUAGACACCUCCAAGGUCAUGUGGCUGGUAUGACUUCAUGGAGCACCAGAGUGGUACCUAUUAAUCUACUCACAUGUUUUCAAACUGCUAGGUUGGCAGAAACGGGUUAACAGCGGGAGCUCACCCCACUCCCUGGAUUCGAACCGCCAACCUUUCAGUCAGCAAGUUCAGCAGCUCAGUGGUUUAACCCGCUGCGGGCUCCACCGGGGCCUUUAUACAACAUUCAUACAAAUUAUGCUGCACAAAGUGUCCACUUGAUUCUACUUAAUAUUAGAGUUGGUUCUGCCUCAUCACAUGGCAUAUCAGGUAGGAAAGCAUAAGUGAGAUGGGACUGGGAUAAUCAAUAUAUAGCCCCCCCCAAAAAAAAAAUCCUUAUGGGAGCUUAAAUACCCUAAAGGCAUCAGAUCUUAGAAGUUAAGCUAGGUCAGCUCUGAUGAAUACUUGGAUAGGAAACUGGUGCCAAUGGAUUCCAGGUGCUAUAGGCUAUAUAUUGCAGGAAGGAAUUGUGGAAAACCACUCCUGAGUAUUCCUUGCCUAUGAAAGUCAUGGGGUUGCUAUAAGUCAACAGGUGACUUGGGGUCUUUCCACACAGACAUAUAACCCAGAAUAUCCACAAUAUCUGCUUUGAACUGGUUUAUCUGAAUCCAUACUGCCAUAUAACCCAGAUCAAUGGGGAUUUUAUGCAACUGUGUGGAAGGGGCCUUGAAGGCACAUAUAUAAUGCACAAGUACUUCUGAACUGGAUUUGUAAAGGAAGUCUCCUGUCAAUGUUCCUGAUUGUACCGGAUUAGCUAAAGAAGAACUAAGACAAGAUAACUUUUGCAUUGUUUCAGUGCAGGUGGCAUGUUUGAUUUUUUUUUAAUUGCUUCUCUUGUUUAAGUAGCACAGACAUGUUAACAGGUCUUGAGGAAUUACUCUUAAGCAUCCUGAAUGAAGACAAAUUGCUACUUUGCUGUCAGGACCAGUAAACUUUUUGUUUAAAGGAUGACUCUCAUUAAACUCUGCUGGAAAACUCUCA